CUGCUUUUUUUCUGCCCCUUCCCACAUACUUUCUCUCUCCUCUGUUCUCUUGCUUUGAAGAGGGGGCCUCCUGAAAACAAACCGUUUUUUAGGGUUUUAGAAAAUCCAGUUUUUGAUUUUUAGGGUUUUUCAGAGGAGAGAGAAAAAGGCAGCACAAAAAAUGGCGUCCGACAAAGGUAAGAAAUUGAAGACCGCUGACAAGAAUGAUGAGGAGAAUGCUGAGCAGAUCGAUAGCGAACUUGUUCUGUCAAUCGAAAAGCUUCAGGAAAUUCAAGAUGACCUUGAAAAGAUCAACGAGAAAGCGAGUGAUGAAGUUUUAGAGGUGGAAAAGAAGUACAAUGAGAUCCGCAAGCCAGUUUAUGACAAGAGAAACGAUAUCAUAAAGUCCAUUCCAGACUUUUGGUUGACUGCUUUUCUUAGUCAUCCUGCUCUAAGUGAGCUUGUGUCAGAAGAAGAUCAUAAGGUUUUCAAGCAUUUAACUUCCAUCGAUGUAGAAGAUUCUAAAGAUGUUAAAUCGGGAUACUCCAUUACCUUUAAUUUCAGCCCAAAUCCUUAUUUUGAAGAUACCAAGCUUAUCAAGACAUUCACAUUUCUUGACGAAGGGACUAUAAAAGUGACUGCAACUUCCAUUAAAUGGAAAGAAGGAAUGGGAAUCCCGAAUGGUUUAGAUACUGAGAAGAAAGGGAACAAGCGAUCUCAUAUUGAGGAAAGCUUCUUCAGCUGGUUCAGUGAAACUCAGCAUACUGAUGAUGACAUCCAUGACGAGGUGGUACAUUUGCAGGUUGCUGAAAUAAUCAAGGAGGACCUAUGGCCUAACCCACUCACAUACUUUAACAAUGAGGCCGAUGAAGAGGAUUUUGAGGGUGGAGACGAUGAUGAAGAGGCAAAAGAUGGCUCUGACGACGAGGAUGAUGAUGAACAGGAAGAUGAUGAUGAGGAUGAGGAGUAAAUCUAGCUCGGUUUGGAUGAGCCUUCUAUUUGGAGAUGCAUGCUAUAACAAGUUGAUUUUGCCUUGUUUUUCGGAACACUAUAGCUUUUUUUUGUAAAGUGGGUUAUAGUUGGGAUGGUACUGAAUCAUGAAUCAAUAGGUUGAAGAGUGGCACAAAUUGUGGCUUUUGUUUCAGUGUUAGCUCUUGUUCGAUUUAAAUAGGUAACCGACUUCUACAGCAAUUGUCGGGGUUAUUUAGCUCUUUUAGUCUUUUAUGUCUGUUGUCUCUAUAACAUAUAUGCAAUGUUUCCUAAUGCUGGUAUUUCUGGUUUUAAUGUUGUAUUUUAUUUUUCUUUUGCAA